UCAACAGUCAAGACAAUCAUACCAUCAAAAUGACCAUACUCCACCUCCUCACCGGCCUUCUGGCCUUUACCUCCACCGCCCUAACCCAGUCCAUCACUCCCCCGAUGGCUGCCCCAUCCCGACCUGGACACCUGGACUGCGUGCACAACCAAGCCGACAUCAACGCUUACGGCUGCCUCUGCCCCGGCACCGGCGGCUGGUGCGAACCCAACCAGGCCACCUGCAACGGCUCCUGGGUGCCCCUGUGCUGGACCGGCAUGCCAAACUACCAUCCCUGGGGCUACGGCCCGCUCGAGACCCUCGACAUUGACUUCACGGACGGCCUGCAGUGCCACGACGAGUACAUCGGGUACCGGGUGCACGAUAUCGGGAACGGGGAAAGUAACUGCGGCUAUGGGGACCGCGGGAUGGGGCGCAUUGUCUCGUUCUAUGGGAGCUCAAAUUAUGAGACUUCCGUUGGGAGGAUGGACUAUGUCCUUGGGGCGGGGCAUGCGCUGACAUGCAACAAUGGGAGUAAGAUUACGUACUCUGGGAGCACGGAGUUUGAGCUGCAAUGCGUGCAUGAUGCGUUCUUCAAUGCGACGUGCACGGCGGAGGAGUUUACGAUUCCCGUGUUGGCUUAUCAGUGGGUUUCUUGAUAACCAGUAGGUGUAUGCAUCUGCAUUUAUGUUGAUGGAUUUAUGUACCUCUAUGAAUCAGACAACAGACAGCAGACAACAGACAACUAUCUAUGAAGAGUCACAUUCCAA